UCUCAAAAAAAUAAAUCGUCGAUAAUAUCAUCAAAUACAUCAAUUACUAGCACGGAAAAACCCGUUACAUUUUCAACUGUUAACGCAGAGCCGACCAGAUUCACAAUCCCAAUUGAAGUUCCACGAUUUGGAAAGUCCAGAGAAGAAAUCGGUUCAGGUUCGAAAGUGAGGGACAGAAUGACGACACGUGAAACUAAGAACAACAACAUUAUCAAGCAGAAUUACAGAGAAGUAGUGGGAAUUACUGAAGAUCCUUCGGUUUUGAAGACAUUACAGCUUUCUUCAUUGAAAGGAGAGACCAACCAAGGAAUGCAAUCACCCGAAUCGGCUAGCUCACCAUCAAAAUCGGCAACAGACAACAACUCUGUAUCACCUUUCAUGUGUUAUUGGCCUUUAGCAUGUUUCUUCAAUCAAACCUCAGGCCAACAGGUCCAGGCUCCUGAAUCAAUAGCUGCUAAUCCUCUCCCGUCGGCUUCUCGUAUUUUUCCAUGGAAUCCAGCCAAUUUAGGUCCAACUUUCGGAAGUUACAACCCGUUUAUUCCAUCAGAAAUCUUUUGGCUUAAUCCACGAUUUUUCGGACCUAGUGGACCCGGAGGAAAUCUUGAAGGUCGUAGUUCAGUUAAUCAACCUGUCCUAUGUUCUCAUUUUCCCGCUCAUAUUCCACCCAAUGAUUUUCAAGAAAAAUACGGUCAUCGUGAUUCUGGUCAGCAGGACAACAAGGAAACUGAUCCAAAAAUCGAGUUAAAAAAUCUAGGGACCCUGGAAUGCCCCGAGAACUACUUCAAAUGUUUUGGAGAAAGUAAAUGUAUUCUUCAAAAAAAUUGGUGCGACGGAAUUGUUGAUUGCGAAGACUCCAGCGACGAGAUCCAUUGUACAUGCAAAGAUAGGGUUGCUCCUAAUAAACUCUGUGAUGGUUUCUUCGAUUGUCCACGGGGUGAAGACGAACUUGGAUGUUAUGGAUGCGGUAACGAUUCAUUUAGCUGCCUGGACUGGACUAGAAAAAAUGUCCAAGGAAACUGUGUUCUCUUAUCUCAACGAUGUAACGGCGCAGAACAAUGCCGCAAUGGAAGAGAUGAGAAAGACUGUCACAUUUUAACUGAAUCAUUCAUCGAUAAUAAUGAUAUAUCAACAAUUGGCCACUCUUCUGGAUAUCUCUUCAAGAAUUGGUUUGGAAAAUGGUACCCAGCUUGUACGUUAACCGAGGCUUGGGCUGAUAAGGCUUGUCGAAGUGAAAUAGGAUCACUGACAGGCAACCCGACGAUCAAAAUGGAGACAGCCCUACGCGAGUCCAGACUCGGCCCGUACAUUUCAAUGACAGAAUCCGGAAAUAUUGAGCUGACACCUGAAUGUAACGACCAAGCAGUUUUUGUUAAAUGCCCGUCGAUUCCUUGCGGGUCAGUGGUUGCUGGUUUAUCCGACGAAUUUUCACCUUAUGAAGAUUUUAUGGUAGCUUCACCUAAUACGUUAAAUGGUACAACUAAAUCUUCUGUACCAUUAACUACUGAAGCCUUUGAAGAUCUGAACAAUUUUGAAAAAAUUUCCGGUGACAGUCGAGUGGUUGGAGGCCGUGCUAGUCAACCACAUGCCUGGCCGUUUUUAGUUGCCAUUUAUCGAGACGGUUAUUUUCAUUGUGGAGGAACAAUUAUUAAUGAACGUUGGAUAUUGACGGCCGCUCAUUGCACAGAAAGCUACAAUGACCAUUAUUACCAAAUAUUUGCUGGCCUUUCAAGACGUUUUUCAUUUUCUCCAAUGGCUCAAAUCCGUCAAGCCCAAUUUGUGAUCCCACAUCCUGAGUACAACGGCCGUAUAAUGAGAAAUGAUUUGGCGCUGAUUAAAUUAAACGAUCCAUUAAGAUUAAAUCGAUGGAUCCGCUCUACUUGUCUUCCUACAAGUGUACGGGGAAGUCCACUUGUUAAUGAAAUCUGCACAACCGUCGGAUGGGGUGCUACAUCUGAAAAUGGGCCUGAUCCGGAUUAUUUACGAGAAGUAGAAGUACCCAUUGCAGCUACAUGCAAUUUCAAAUUCGACCGAAGCAGUGGAAUUAUCUGCGCUGGUUGGAGCGAAGGUGGGAGAGACGCGUGUCAAGGUGACAGCGGGGGUCCACUAAUGUGCCGGAUACCUAUAGAGAGUUCUAAUAGAUGGUACAUUGCUGGAAUUGUUAGCCAUGGAGAAGGUUGUGCACGUCCUAACAAAACUGGAGCUUACACGCGAGUGAGCUAUUAUUUACCCUGGAUCAACAAAACCAUGAAUUCUGAUCAGGAACCAUUCGGACCUAAACCUUUGGCCGAUUGUCCUGGAUUCAAAUGCCACGAAAAAAUGGGAAAAUGUUUGCCAUUUAACCGACGGUGUGACAAGAAAGUUGACUGCUUGAAUGCUGAGGAUGAAACAAAUUGUUACCACUUUUAUAAAAGUGUCGAACAGACAACCGAAGCAUUUGUCAAUCCGAGCGAUGAAGCUACUCCAAGUGAGGUUGUCGAGGAAGUAGCUGUCAAUAAUUUUAACAGUCCAAAGGCAGCUGAAAAGCCAGUUGAUAAUGAAAAUUUCUAUGGGACUGUGGCUUCGAUUUAUCCAGAUGAAAACAGCUUAAAUGACCAGAAUGAGACAGACCUCAAUACAACUUUGGGAAAUGAAGAAAAUGUUACGGAUGACAUAGGAGACGCAGGAAAUGAGAUAUCAGAAAGCAGUAGCAGCAGAUAUGAUUACGAAAAUGAUAUCCUAGAGACCGACUCAAGAGCACAUAAAAAUGUCGCACCAACUAAAGAUAUUGAUGACACAUGGAAACUGAUAGAAAACACCAAUGAUUUUAUUUGCUCAAAUAUAACUCAGGUUAUCUCGAAGCCUCUUAGGUGCGAUAAAAAAAUCGACUGUGAAGACGGAACAGAUGAACUCAAUUGUAGGUGUAUUGAUAUUUUGACCAUCAAAUACCCUCUAUCAAUUUGUGAUGGGCGUAUCGACUGUGCGGAUAAAAGCGACGAACUCUAUUGCAAUAAUAGGAAUACUGAUCAGGAUACUUAUCUCUGUCCUCGAAGUGCUGUUUUAAUUCCUGCGGAGAAGAGGUGCGAUAGAAAUAAGGAUUGUGAGUUACAUGAUGAUGAAAAAGAUUGUUAUGCAUUAACAAAUGGAGAACAAAUCGAAGUAGAUAUAGAAGGUUCAACAACAUUGAAGAAAAAUGGAAUUGUAUCAAUCAACAGGAACAAUCUUUGGAACAUUUUGUGUUUUACCAACAUAACAGAUUUAGGAAAGACAGCCGAUGAUUACUGCGGUGCUGUUGGUUUUUACAAACACGAAUCAGCUAGUUUCCACCCCGUUAACCUGAGAAAAUUGGAAGUUCAUCUAAGUUCAGAUAACAGUUCUAUAACUUUCGACCCCGAUGAAGUUAUUAAAAGGAUUUCACCAGAAGAUUCUGAUCCUUGGAUGUGUCAUGCUCUUUACGUGGAUUGCAAAAUGAAUUUUAAAGAACCCGUGGACGAAUAUUUAUACAAAAGCAACGUGCCUAAUAACGACACAUAUUUAUUACCAUGGGAACCGGCUAUUUUCGUGGACGGUAAAUACCAUUGUCCGGCAUUGUUAUUAAACACUGAAUGGGCUAUGACUUCUACACACUGUACAAAUGAUAUCAACCUCGACAAAAAUAUCACUGCUAUUAUAGCAGGGUUAUCAAUACCUCAUCAGUAUGUAGACGGUCCUCAUCAGCAAACCAGGAUGGUGAAUCACAUCGAGAACCUUGACCAAUUUCACACCAGUUUAUUGCACUUUGAUAAGUUACCUGUAACUCGUUAUAUUAAACCAAUAUUUAUUAAUAAUAGACCAUUAGUUGCUACAGAAGGAGAGCACUGCCAAGCUACAGGAGUAAAUAAGAAGUUGGAGAAACAGUCUGUAGGAUUUGAUGGAGUUGCUGAAGAUUGUCCGUCAUGCAAAAGAUGUUUUAGAGAUGUGUCAAAAUAUGAGUGCCCUAAAAAUGGUACCAUGGGAAAAUGGAGCGGAUUUAUAUCAUGUCACAAUUCUCGUGGGUGGUAUCCAGCAGCCGUUUUUCAUGAAAGAGACAUUCUUUGUGAGUUUGAGGAACCUCAAGCAUUAACUGGGAUCGAAGAAAUGCUUCCUUAUUUAACGACAGUCAUGGAUCAAAAUUAUUUCAAACUUCCAAAUGCGCAGUGCGAUGCUGAUGGUAUGAAAUGUACUGAAGGUAAAUGCCUUCCAUUUGAAAAAAUUUGUGACGGUAUCCAAGAUUGUCGAGAUGGAUCCGAUGAAAAUGAAGAAAACUGCAUCCGGAAAAAAGACCACUGCAAUCAGUUGAUGGAAGAUGAAUCUGAUAAUCCUUCGUGUGGAUGCUCUAGCCGGCAAUUACGAUGCGAAAAUGGCAACUGCAUAUCGAAAGAUUUGUUUUGUAAUGGGUACGUCGACUGCGAAGACGGUAGUGAUGAACCGCUGGGCUGCAGUUGCAGAGACUAUCUUCGUCUGACAUCACCACAUCGUCUAUGCAAUAAGGUUCGAGACUGUUUUGACAAAUCUGAUGAAGCUCAAGAGUAUUGUGGUUGUUCAAAUGACCACUACGAAUGUUCUAAUAGUACUAUGACCAAUGGCCAGAAACAGUGUAUCCCUUAUGACUUUGUGUGUGACGGACAUAAAGAUUGUCUUCAUGGAGAAGACGAGUCUUUGUGCAGAACAAUACAAAGUGCUGAUGACACAGUUGCUGCAGGAAGGGUGUUGAAACGCCAACUUGGAGUCUGGUUUGACGAAUGCUUCCCUCAUCCAAUCAAUUCUGACCAACAAGCUGCAAUAAUAUGCACAACGAUGGGAUACUCAAGCGGUGUGCUUUUGGACGAAAAAUCUCGUAGUGCAUAUCCAACCCCUCAGACUAUACAAGAAGCUCCAUAUUAUACUAUAAAUUUAAAUGGCUUGGCUUUGAUCAUUCUCAAAGAUGAUGUACCAUCAGCGGUUUUAGUAUCUCAACGUGAUGAGUGCAAUCGUGCUUUUAUUAAAUGCUUUAAAUAAUAUCAUUUUAUCACAUUAAUUAUUUUUAGUUUUUAAAAUUUUUUAUUAAUUUUUUAUAU